UUCUCUCCAGCAUCCAACAGCGCCUCUUUUGAGCAGCUUCCACGAAGUUUGCUUUGGACACAGGACAGUUAAAAGACCGCGGCAGUAGUCGCUCUGCUGAAGGAAAGCGGUGCCACAACGAUAUAGAGUCUCCCGUUAUACACGAAAGACCAAAGAUGGUACAGGACAGUGCUCAGAUUCGCCGUCAGGGUGCCCAGGACUUUAUGGCAUACUAUGCCUUUGCCUGUGCCAGACAGGAAUCAGUCCCUCUUCCCUCUGUAAAGAUGAACGUUGACAAAGGGAUGCUGGACUUUAAUGGGGACAGGCUCAAGCUGACUGACUGGCCACCAGUGCUCACCUCUAUCUCCAUCAACAAACAUCUGCACCACAUCGCAAUAAGCAGCACAUAUCAGGCUAGUCUCGGUCCUGGAGAUGCAGAUAAAAGGUAUUAUAAGUCUGGCUUCAGGAAGAAGAUCCCAGUUAUUCGCUCCAAGGACAUGACAUUUAAGCUGUGCAAAGCCUUAAAGGAGUGUUUGACUGUCUCCCCCAACCUCAAGACUCUACAACUCAAUGGGCUUCCACUGAGAGAGAGGGACCUUAUCAUGCUGACAAAGGGUUUGGCAAAAAGUGUUUCACUGCAAAACCUUUCGCUGGCCAAUUGCCCAAUUUCUGAUGAGGGUUUAGAGGUAAUUUGCCAAAGUGUGAAGUAUUCUCCAAGCAUCAGAACAGUGGAUUUUACAGGAUGCAAUCUCACCUGGAGAGGAGCAGAGCACAUGGCCAACAUCAUCAAGCAUCAGGGUAUGCAGAGACAUGGUACUGCCUGGGCUGAGUCUCUCAGGUAUCGGCACCCACACUUUGAGGCAAUGGGAGGUCUCCGCCGUGUCACUCUUAACUCUAACACAUUGAUUGGGGACCGUGGUGCUGCUGCUCUUGCACAAGAACUAACAGAGGACCUCUGGGUUAAAGCUGUGGACCUACAGAGAUGCGGUCUGUCCAAUGAGGGAGCUCGCCGUUUGCUGGAAGCCUUGAAAACGAACUCUGUUCUGUGUGUUUUGGAUGUUCGUAGUAAUCCUCUAGUUGACAAGGUCCUAAUUAAAACUAUAAUAGAGAAAGUACUGAUGAACAGUGAGGCUGAUGGACAGUCACUGGAGUAUUCUUGGAUCAAGCCUGCAGCCACUGAGCCACAGAGAGCUUCAUGUCCAAAGAAGCCAUCAAAGCCCAGAACCAUCAGGGGAAAACCCUCAUUUCGGAUAGCCGCAUGUAAAUCAACAUCUGGAGGACGGAGCUCAGGUGUUGUUCAGGUUCAGAAGCUCGGUUCGCGUUCCAGUUACAUUCCUUGGCGAACUGCUGCACGAGCUGGACGCCAGAGAGGUCUUCCUCCUGGAAUAUCUGUGACAGACCAAAGCUUUCAGGGUGCAACUACUGUGACAGUUAAUGUGGAUUCAGGCUCAGAGGGAGAGGAGGAAGAGGAAGAAGUGACGGUGGAAGUGGAGCAGAGGCUGUCGUCUUUAAAUCUCCAGGACAGGAUCACUGAACGACAGUUUGACCAUUUGCAGAUGGAGCUGAGAGAGUGUCGUCUGAGGUUGGCAGAGGAGCGCAGAGCCAGACUAAAAGCUGAGUCAAGGGUCAUGGAGUACGAGUUGGAGAAUGCUCGUCUUCGUGAUGCGAAUCGCACUCUGACAGAUGCACUUACGGCCACUGGCUCUGGAUUAGCGCCACCUGGUGCUGUCAGUGUUCUAGAAGACGAGGCUGUACUUGAGAGUAUAGAAAGCUCAUUUACUAAAUUCCAUGCUUUCCUGGAUCUCCUCAAGGAUGCUGGCUUAGGGCAGCUAGCUUCAAUGGCUGGAAUUGACAAGUCAGAUUUCCAACAUAUUGGAAGACCUCAGCUGUCCUCCACAGUAGGAAGACAUUUGGAUGUUGAGGAUUUUCCAACAAAUACGGAUGCUCUUCCGUUGGUAACCACUGCUGCACCUGCUCUCCCUGGUGGCCCAGCUGAAACCACCACUCUCAGAUCUCUGUCCUCUGUCAGGGAGCCCUUGCCUGAAGACAGGCUUCAAGAUGAGGCCUUCAAAAAGGCCACUGGUCUUGCAGUGGAAUGUGAUAUAGGUGGAGAGAAGGAACCAAAUCAAUAUUCCAAGCCAUACACCCAGCAUGAGUCUGGUUCUGAACACAGUUCAUAUAGCCAAAGAUCCUUAGAUAAGGUUUUUAAAAUUCAACAAAACAAACACAGAAGCAACAGCAAUUCUCACUGGAGCGAUCCCCAUAGUAGAAGUUAUUCCUCACAUAGUCAUGCAUCUCAUGCUGGAUUAUCGGGAAGAUCGAGCGUUAGUGACAUCAUAAGUGAUGAGAUGGAGUCUGUGGGAUCAGAUGAGUCGAGGAACAGUAGAAGGGCAAAGCAUGGUGCAAAAGUUCAGUCAGCCUAUCCUGGGUGGGAGGGCUUGGAGCAGAUGAGGUCUUGGGGAGGUCCAGGGCGGCAAGAAUCCUUCUGAAAAGCUGAAAUACCAGAGAAAUGGAGAAAGUGGGAUUGUUAGUUUCGGUCCUCAUUUUCCUCUUGGCUGGUAUUGAUUGACGAACAUGUCCAAGUGUGGAUAGCAGGGUUUUUUGUAUGUAGGUGCAAGUCUUUUGUAGGCAUUUUACACUUGAUGACAAUGUGCCAUUGUAGAAAUUUGGAAUUCCAAGCUAAAUGCACUUAGUUUAGGUCUUACUGUAAUUCAAAUCCACAACUCGUCAUCCUCCCAAUGUCACCUUCUUUCAUGAGAAAACAAGUUAUUUGAGGGGAGCUUGCGCAAUUUCUCUUCCCAGUAGUUUUACACAUUUGUAUCUAGAACUCACUUGUAUAGAGAUUUUUGAUGGAUAUUUUAUAUUAAUAUUUAUAUGACCCUUUUUUUCCUAAAAAUAUUUUAU